AUUUUUAACUGUCAUCGACGCCAGUUCAGACCGUUAGCAACGCGUUCAGCUUUCCCGUGCUUAUAUUGCUUUAAAAUUUUUUUUAAGUGAACCCUAAAAAUCAAAGGUGAGAAUUCAGAUCCAAUUGAAUGAUCAAAAUUAAAAGUGGUAAAUUAAGGAAACCAUUGUGCGGAUUAACAAUUAUUACUGUGAUAGAAAAAAUGUAAUUGAACAUCUUUGGAUUAUGUCAAAAGCACUUUUUGAUUAAGAAGAAUUUAUUCAUUUCCUUGAUAAAAAACACAACUUCAGGAGAUACAACUUCUCCUAAAAACAGGAGCAGCAAUGAAGGACAGCAACAACAGUAGCAGCAGCAGCAACAUCUCGUCGAGCAACGCAGCAGGGAUGCCAUGUUCCGCCGGAGGAGCAGUGACAACGGCAGGGGCAACCACCGGCAAUGCCACGCCCAGUGCGCCCAGUACGCCCACAACAGCAGCAGCAGCAGCAGCAGCGGCAAGUGCUGCAGACCCAUCAGCAACACCGCAAAAUCCACAGCAACGCAGCAAGAGCAACAUCCAUGAGCUGAGGAAUCAGGACUACGUCAGUCGCUUAAUGGCCGCCACUCCACCAUAUUUAUAUUCCGCACCCGUGGGACCAAAUAAUUUCUUCUUCAGCGACAUGCUGCGUUCCCUGGUGCAGGCGCGAAACAACGAGACGGCUAGGGUAUUGCAGCUUCAGCAGCAACAGCAGCAGCAGGCACAGCAGCAACAACAGCAGCAACACCAGCAGCAGCAACAUCAGGCCGCUCUGGUGAGGCGACCAAGGAAACGCUCCUGGUCACAUCGUCCUUACUACGAGCAAUUGCGAGAGCGACGCGAUGCAGAGGAGAAACAACAGCAGCAGCAGCAGCAACAGCAGCAACAUCAUCACCAGCAACAGCAACAGCAGCAGCAGCAGCAACAUCAUCAUCAGCAACAGCAGCAGCAACUUCAGCAGCAAAUGGCACCCGAGAAACCACUAGAGCUAACCAAUAAAGCAAUAACACCCUAUGGCUAUGCCAAAUUGGAGGCCAAACCGCCAAUUACACCAUCGACGGUAACGGCAACAGCACCACCAAGCGGCAGCACUGGCAACAAGACUGGUCUAGGUGGUGCAGUGGAUAGCAAUCUGCAGGAGAAUACACCGCCGGCGGCUUCGUUGCCACCACAGGAUUUGGUCCUUCCACCGCCACCACCCGUCUGGUAUCCACCACUCUAUGCACCCUAUGGCAUUGAUCCAUUGCAUUUCUUCAUUGAUCUUCGGGUUUCGGGACAUAUUUACGACCGGAAGAAGGAGAAUGUCUCACCGCUGUCGAGUAGCAAUAAUGCAAUUGCCGAGGAGGGUUCACCCGGUGCGGGUUCCUGUUCGGGCGCCACUGGUUCAGGUACCAGUUUGGCAAGCAAUUUGCUGAGCAAGCAGCGACAUGGUUCCGCUUUUACCGUGCCCAUUCCCAAGGCAGCGCAAAAUGAUGCAAUCAAUCUGUGCUCCAAUGCUACAUCUGCCAGUGGGGCAACUUCAGUCGGCGGUGGUGGUGGUGGUGGUGGUGUUGGAAUGACCAGUAGCUCCACAUUGGGCAGCAAAUUCGAGCACUAUGCCAAGUACUAUGAUCUGGGUGAGACCAAGGAGAAUCAUCCAUCGAGCACGGCUGCUAAUCUCUCGGCAGCCGCUGCUGCCGCCGCUGCAGCUGCGAAUUUAUCGAAAUCGGGAGCCAGCUAUAUGUUGCAACAUCUGCCACGCCUCUACAGCCAGUUUGCCGCCCAUCAGGCGCAGGUUCAGAGCCAGGAUACGGAUGCCAAGUCGGAAUCGGCAUCGGUUAGUGCCUCCCUUUCGGCACCCGAUCUCUGCGAUGAGGAUUCGCUGGGACGGAACUCCAGUGACACCGGCACUGGGCUGGAGGGAACGAGCGGUGGCCAGGGCAACUGUGACAUCGAUGUGGAGAUCAUCGACUCCAUCAAAUAUCGCACGGAUGGCGAGAGCAGUCGCUGUUCCAGCAACGACGAGGCCUCCAUCACACAAAUCGAUUGAGGCUAAUAAAUAACUAAAUAUUUUAUGAAUAAAGUUAAU